AUGACCUGCAUAAGACUUGAAGUCCUUCACCUCGAGCCGCUCGAGCAUCUUGUCUGGCCGGCGUCUCACGAGAAGAGCUGCUCGUGGGUUGACAGAGCGGCUAGUCUGGCUCGACUGCCUCCCAAGCAGGUCCUACUAGCGCUCAGCGUAGCAGCUUACCUCGGCCGUUGCGCUGAUCCGGCUCAUCUAUCGAGGAUCAGCUUGAGCCUCUUCAACGGCUCGGCGCUCUCGCACUAUCUCGACGAGCCGACAACAGAGUCAUUUGCAGCUGUCGCAGGUGCUGACCAUCCAAGCAAGUGCUUCAACGCGACUCAGUGGAGUCACCUCUCUUACCAAGAGUCUAUCGACCUUUUCAGCUCGACCUUCAACUCGGACGAUCCAGCCUCUGUGCGAUACGGCUGUCCGGGACGAUCAACCUGCUUUGCGAGACGUUACGCCCGCUUGCUUCGGUCCGCCGGGCUGAUCAGGAGCAGCUCAGCACGAUCUCACGCGGCUGCUCACCUCUCGGACGAUUCGACCUCGUCAGGCUUUGCCUCUACAGCCUCGUCCUUAAGCGCAUCUCGUCUGACCGGCGUCAAUAUGGCGCCAGGGAAAUCGCAAGCAAGAAUCUACGCCGAUGUGAACGAGCAAUACGGCAGAGCUUGGUGGGACUAUGACAACCUCAUGGUAUCUUGGGGGAUCCAAGACAACUACGAAGUCGUCAGAAAAGUCGGUCGCGGCAAAUACUCUGAAGUCUUUGAAGGCAUCAACAUUGCCAACGAUGAAAAGUGCGUCAUCAAAGUCUUGAAGCCUGUCAAGAAGAAGAAGAUCAAGCGAGAGAUCAAGAUCCUACAGAACUUAGCUGGCGGACCCAACGUCAUCGGUCUCCUGGACGUCGUCCGGGAUCCACAGAGCAAAACUCCCUCAAUCAUCUUCGAGUACGUCAACAACACAGACUUUAAAGUCCUCUAUCCCAAAUUUACCGACUAUGACGUCCGGUAUUACAUCCUCGAACUCCUCAAAGCACUCGACUUUUGCCACUCUCGAGGCAUCAUGCACCGCGACGUCAAGCCCCAUAAUGUCAUGAUAGACCACGAGAAUCGCAAGCUCCGACUGAUCGAUUGGGGUCUAGCCGAAUUUUACCACCCGAACACAGAGUACAAUGUUCGCGUGGCAUCACGCUACUUCAAAGGGCCAGAGCUACUCGUCGACUUUCAAGAGUACGAUUACAGUCUCGACCUGUGGAGUCUUGGAGCCAUGUUUGCUUCUAUGAUAUUCCGCAAGGAGCCAUUCUUUCAUGGCCACGACAACUAUGAUCAAUUGGUCAAGAUUGCCAAAGUACUCGGCACAGACGAGCUAUAUGCCUAUCUGGAAAAGUACGACAUCGAUCUAGACGCCCAGUAUGACGACAUACUUGGCCGUUAUUCGCGCAAGGCCUGGAGUCGCUUCAUAACAUCCGAGAAUCAGCGGUACAUCUCGAACGUCGCCAUUGACUUUCUAGACCGUCUGCUCAAAUACGAUCACGCCGAACGUCUGACUGCACGAGAGGCCAUCGAUCACCCUUAUUUCCAGCCUGUGAUAGAGAAAGAAGGGCUACGAUUAGAACAUUAG